AAUAGAGAAUUAACUUCGAGACUCAUUCUAAAUCCCUAAUUCAAGUUUCAAAUCGAAAACCAGUAUUCUCGCUCUUCUGCUCUUUGAUCGGAUCAGUUAUGGCGGACGGGCUUUUUACUCUGAUUGUCCAUCAGAUUGAGCUGAAAACUGCUCCUGCUGA